AUGCGGGACGUCCUCAAAACUGAAGAACUCGAAAUCCCCUCGGGCGUUGAGAUCUCCGUCAAGUCUCGUAUCAUUUCCGUUACUGGUCCUCGAGGAACCCUCACCAAAAACGUCCGACAUGUCGAUAUGGAUAUCCGUGUGGUGAAGGAAAAGACGACGAAAGUCACUCUUGCCGUUUGGCAGGGCGGACGCAAGCACGUUGCUUGCUUGCGAACCAUUCGCAGCAUGAUCAAUAACAUGGUUACUGGUGUCACCAAGGGAUUCCGCUACAAAAUGCGCGCAGUUUACGCCCAUUUCCCUAUCAACUGCAUCAUUCAGGAAGAAGGACACGCUGUUGAGAUUCGUAACUUCUUGGGCGAGAAGACUGUGCGACACGUCAAGAUGUUGAGUGGUGUCGAGGUUUCUGAGUCCAAGGCUCAGAAAGACGAGCUUAUCCUUGAGGGCAAUGACAUCGACCAUGUUUCCCAGUCCGCCGCCUCUAUCCAAGGCGUUUGCCGUGUGCGCAAUAAGGAUAUCCGUAAAUUCUUGGAUGGUAUUUACGUAUCAGAGAAAGGCACAAUUCUCACCGACGAUGCCUAG